GAUCCACGUGUUUUAGAAAAACAAGAAUUACAGCAGCCAACCUAUGUUGCUCUCAGUUACAUUAAUAGAUUCAUGACAGAUGCUGCCCGCCGAGAGCAGGAGUCCCUGAAGAAGAAGAUCCAGCCGAAGCUCUCGCUGACCCUGUCCAGCUCCGUGUCGCGCGGGAAUGUGUCCACUCCACCACGUCACAGCAGCGGAAGCCUCACUCCGCCCGUGACCCCGCCCAUCACCCCCUCCUCCUCGUUCCGCAGCAGCACGCCAACAGGCAGCGAGUAUGACGAGGAGGAGGUGGAUUAUGAGGAGUCCGACAGCGACGAGUCCUGGACCACAGAGAGCGCCAUCAGCUCCGAGGCCAUCCUCAGCUCCAUGUGCAUGAACGGAGGGGAAGAAAAGCCUUUCGCCUGCCCAGUUCCCGGAUGUAAAAAGAGAUACAAGAAUGUGAAUGGCAUAAAGUACCACGCCAAGAAUGGUCACAGAACACAGAUUCGUGUCCGCAAACCAUUCAAAUGUCGUUGCGGUAAGAGUUACAAGACAGCUCAGGGCCUGCGGCACCACACAAUCAAUUUCCAUCCCCCGGUGUCGGCUGAGAUUAUCAGGAAGAUGCAGCAGUAACAUGCUGGUCGUAACUGUGCCAAGAAAUCCUCACCAGCAGUUGCUGAUUUUGAAAACAGCCACCUUUUUGCAGGGGAAGCAUUCAGCAACCCUUUAAAGAAUUAAAUGCAUGCUUUAAAUUUUUUCUGUAAUUUUGGAAUGAUGUAUCUUUGUAGAGUUAAUGAUUUUGUACAUUUGCACAUGUAAUCAUCAUACCCAUUUUCAUUACUUUGAUAUAAGGUGCUAAACAAAAAAGCUCUAGGUUCUUCAGCACAUUUCCCCCAAAACAAAAUAUGACUGAGGGCACGUUGCAUGUGUUUAGGCCUACUGCAGUGGCAUCGACUGGGGGAGGAGGGGCUGGUACUGAGGGUUUUUUCCCCCCAAGAUUAUAAUGUGAUUGAAGUUUUUCAACACAUCAACUCACUAUGUUCAAAACCAAAAUAACUUCAUCAUCAAACUGGUUAUCAUGCCUUACAUAACGGAGUUAGUAUCUGUGAGUAGAAAUACUUUAGGUAAUGGAAAUAUAAAUUAAGAAAGAAUGUUUAACAAUAUGCUAAAAUAUUUUCAUAUUUAAAUUACAUAAAAGCUGUGCUUUGUGUUUUAUAUUAUCUUGCAAGUCCUUUAAAACGCUGAAAGUCUUGCCAUCUGACUUACCAAUUAUUUUCGUUAUAAAUGGCAUUUUUGUACAAAAUAGUCUGUUCACUCAUUAACACAAAUUCAUUGAGUGCCUGCUGGGUGCAAGGGAAUUGAUUUAUGCCUAUUAUCUGUAGACCGAGAUGCCAGUUUAGUGAAAUACCCUUGAAAUCUGUUAGGAGACACUUUGAAAUACGUGCAAAUUUCGUGUGUGAAAUUUAGUUCUAUCAUUCUAUCUUCAUCUUUAGGUGAAGUUUUGAAGCACUUUGUAGUUCUCUAUUGCCAACAGAUUUAAUGUUUUGUGUUGCCAAUUCUUACAACCACUGCCCUAACAAACCUGUGGGUUGCAAAUAAUUAAAAUGCCAAGCACGGUUCAAAGAGGAACAUUUUUGUUAAGGCCCCUAUUGCCUCUUUUCACUCAUUGUGUUUUAGACUUUUUUUUUUAAACCCUUUUCCUAUGACACUGUAGAUGUCUGUAUUCCCACUGGAAAUGUCUGUUUAGCUUUAUAAAACAAUUUGCCGAAAUAUGAAAUUGAGCCUUAUUGACAAUUUAAGUGCUUUCUUGCAGCAAGUGAUCAAAGAGUGACUAAUGUGUGACCCAUCAGAGUAACCUACAUCUGGACCAUCCCUUACGUUUUUCUCACCAACAAUACCAUCAUGCCUUGAGUGUGUUCUUUUCUCCCAAGUGCUAUUCCUUAAACAUGAGUUUACCAGUUGCCAAAUUAGGAAUAAAAAUUGCUGAGAUGGCCAACUGCUCACAAAAUUGGUAAAAAGGAAACUCUCAUCACUUGUAAAAUUUCUUCUAUGUUCCCAUUUGAUGAAAGUCUUACAGUUGGAAAGCAGGUGUCCCUCCUCGAUUUCUCAGACCCUUUGAAAGGAUGACAGUUCUGUUAGCCAGAUGGGUAAGCUUCUCUAUUCAUAAGUUGUGAAUCCCUCAUUAUGAGGGCUUUGAAAGUAUUUAUAAAGACACUGCCCUGUAAAAAUUCCCUCAGAUCUCUGAAGACUGGUCUUGGUUCUGAAUAUACAGUACUAUCCUGUACAUUUAAAGGGUGAUCCAGACACGAGUAGCAACUAGUUGGUGCAUAAGGCGGCCCUACUUGACUAUUCCACAUCUACCUAUAACUGACCAAAACUUUUUCAGGCCAACAGUUAUUUAGCUUCGCUCCUUCUAGUGCAGGAAACUGCAGGCUGGAUCAGCAGUCCAGCAGCUAAACAGUCAUUGUGCAUGUUAACAUUGCUCUUUCACCUAUAAAACAAAUUCAACUCCUAUCUGCUUAUUCAUUGUGACAGUAUUACUAAACAGGUAAGGAUGGGGAUAUUUUGUUAUACCGUGUAUAGUGAAUGUAUUGUACUGUGUCUGUGAAAAUUGUGCUUUAAAUUAUAUUUUCAUAUGUUUUGUUGGGGACAGAGCACAUCAAGUUUGAAAGCGAGAGGUAUUAGAACUGAAGGCAACUUAAUCCAAAUUCCUGUUAAGAAAAGCUGCUUAUAAAUGUAAAUGAAAUCACGUUUAAAAUAAACUGUCUCUGACCCAAAAUAAACAAA